GAGGGAGGAGUAGGGAUUCAGCACUACCACAUCCUUCUAUCCUCUGGGCGCUUGGUACUCGCAGUGUGCGGACUGAGGAUUUGCUGUCGCGUGGCACUUUUGGGAUUGUAUGGCUGAAGCCUUCGGCUGAUCUGGAUGAUCAUUCGGCCUUCAGUUCUUUCAGCUUCUCAAGCACUUGGUUUGGAAUCGGCAUUAUGAUUCUUCAAAGUUGCCAGGUGAGUGGGAGGAGCACACCAAGCAGCAUAACCAUCACCUGCCUACUUGCUUUCCUUGGCUAAGACAGCCGAAAGGCAGGGUAGCAACAAAGAAGUAACAGUCAUCUGACAGAAAGUCAGAAGUGAACAAAGAUGUCUUACCACAAGCGCGUCUUCCAGUGCUUUGACGCAAUCUUGGACGACGGCAGCCAUCCUUUGCAUCCUUUUGGGCUGACAUCUGCCCCUGCCCCCCCACCCGGCCGAUCCUCGCAUGGUGGGGUUGGCUCCCAUCAGGAGGCCCUGGAGGGACGGGGAUGCCACCUAUGCGCCCAGGCCACAGAGGCCAGACAGGAGGCCCAGAGAGAAGCCUCAGCCUGGUACAUCCCUCCGCUUCACCAUCAGCUGCCCCAGCAGCCUGGUCACCGCCGGCCGGUCCGGUUUCAGGAGGUCCCUGAUGACACCCCUGGCCACCACCACCAUCACCACCACCGCCACCUCCUCAACCGGCAUAACAAGAAGGUGGUGCUGGUGAAGAACAGCGACCCCUCUGUUCGGAGGACGAUUGUUCUUCAUCGCAAGACCCUCCGCAGCCUGGGUUUUUUUUUGGACGAGCUGUCAGACUUCAUGCAGUACCACAUCAGGAAGCUCUACACCCUGGAGGGACGCAAGAUCGACAGUGUUCAAGGUCUUCUUCAGUGCCCCAGUGUGUUGAUCUGUGUGGGUCGUGAGCCCUCCCACCCUGUCCUGCUGGAGAACUUCCGGAAGAACACCGACGACCGACUUCCACGUCUGAGUUCAAAGUCGCUUGGGCGCUCCAGCGUGGCCAGUAAAGGACAAGAGAGCAGCUUGGGACUUGAAACAAAACCAAGUGUAAUUCAUCCAAGAUCUGGAUCCAGCAAUCGAUCAACCAGGCACUCCAUAUCAUCAGACAAAUCACUCCCACCGAUCAAAUCUACAUCACCAGCACAAGUGGACCCAUUCCCUCAUUCAAGUGAAGGACUGAAGGAGGACGACAUUGAAAAAAGGGUACUAGUCAACAAAGAUGGCAGCCUAUCAAUGGAAAUGAAGGUGCGUUUCAGACUCCUGAAUGAUGAGACAUUACACUGGUCCACACAAAUAAAGAAGUCAGUGGGAAUGGCCAACGAAAGCCAAGGAUACCAGGACAAAUGCUAUGUUCAGCAGAGCAGCCUAGAAAGCUCAGAGCGUGAGUCCCUCUCAUCUGGCGAGGCUGACGAUGCAUACAUCACCAAGCUGCAUCAGAAACAUCUAGAGGACCCUCACUGUCAGCAGUGCUGUGGCCACUGCCAGGAGUAUGAUAUCUGGAAGACCCGUAUUUCCGGGGGACAGGGGACUGUCCAACAUGUAACGACCUCCAGCUCCAGCGCCUCCUCACGUGUCAUUAUCCAAAAAAAGGGUUCAGUGGAGACCAUGUCUAGUGAGGAGAUCACAGAGCAUGUGGUGGAAAAAACGUCUUGCUUCCAGGUUGAAGGAGGUGGCGACACCACGGUGGAGUACUGCACAAUUAGCCGUGGCUGCAGCAGGAGCGAGGUGUGCUCAACAUCGUCCACCAAGUGUAAAAAUGAAGCCUCCACCAUGGGCAAGAGCGCGAGCAUUGACCCAAACCAGUCAUCAGACAACGACGAAGCUCUGGCUGAUAGCACAUCCUCAGUUCCCUCCAAGGAGUCUCAGAGCGAGAUCAGUGUCAAGGUCAUGGAUGCAGAUGAAGAGGAGCGGCCUGCGUCGACUGUUAGUCUUUCCUCUCAGAUCCUUGCGUCGCUCAGGGAAGAUCAGGACGAUGAAGAUGAUGACCUUCCACCAAGUGCUUCAAGAGCCUGCAUAUGUUCACAGAAUAGUAAUGCAGAGGAGGAAGAGUCCACCAGAAGUGCUGUUUUGUGUGCAGAAACAACACCUAUGCAACAUCUAUCCCCCAGACCUCAGAGUAGUAGGGCGUCCCCUGUGGGCUCCAACAAGUCCAAGAAGUCAGUCAAGGCUUUGUCUUCGAAACCAGCAGAUGGACCAGAUGACCAAGCAUCAAGCAAGUCUGAAUGCAAAGCUGCUGAUGAAGCAGUGGAUGCAACCGAAGCUGAUGGCGGUAUUGCUGAAGCUACAGUAGAAGAGGAUGGACAAGAAGCAAACCCUUCAGAGGAUACAACACCCAAAGACAUAGAAACAGAGGAGAGGGCCUUGAGCUCACUGUCUGCCAAAUCAAAUGUCUCUACCAGGUCCAGGACGUCCAAAGUUGGGGUUUCAAGAGUUCAAGAGCAAAAGGGAGAGAGAUCAUCAAGUGCCAUGUCAGUCAAAUCUAAUGCCUCAGCAAAGUCAAGAUCGUCCAAUGUUUUAGCUCUAGAAUUGGAAGUGCAAGAACAUGAGACAGACAAAAGACCCUCAAGUGCCAUGUCAGUUAAAUCAAAUGCCUCAUCAAGAGCAAAGUCUAAAAUGUCAGAAGUGGCAGCUGAAGAAAACCUUACACCAAAAGAAGAUUAUGUAAGAGCAUCAAGUGCUUUGUCUGUUAAAUCUAAUGCCUCAAGGAUCACCAACAUUUCUGUUGUUCCUGCUGAAGUAAAUGCUGAAGAUGAAUUGAAUGAUGCUGAGGAGAGAUCACCUAGUGCUAUGUCUGCUACGUCCAAUGUGUCUACAAUAUCAAACAAGUCUGAGGUUUCUGAACUUUGCAUGGAUGAAACUGAGAGGGCCUACAGUGCUAUGUCUACCAAGUACAAUAUGUCGGAGAGACAUAAGAAAUAUGACAUUUCUGAUGAUCCUGGUGCAGAAGUUCUUACUGAAGAAAAUGCAGACAAUCCAGGCGAAACUGAAGAAAGAGCACCAAGUGCUAUGUCUGCUAAGUCAACUAAGUCGGAUGUUUCUGCAAAUUCAAAUAAGUCCAAGACUUCUGAACUAUGCCCUGGAGAAGAACUUAGAGGAGUGAGUGCAUUGUCUGGUAAGUCUGCUAUUUCUGCAAGAUGCAAGAAAUCCAAAGUUAUUCCUGCUGCAGACAAUGCAGAAGUAGAACAAACCGAAGUGAGAGCACAAACCCCUUUCUCUGUCAAAUCAAACACAUCAAGGAAAUCAAAAACUUCAAAAGUGCCAGCAGAGGACACACCUGGAGAUGAAAGAAACAAAGCUGCUGCUAAAGGGAAUUUAGAAGAAACUUUAGAAAAAAUGGAAGAUAGAGCACUCAGUGCUAUGUCUACUAAGUCAGUCGAGUCCAAUAUUUCUGGAAUAUCAAAUAAGUCUAAUGUUGAUAUACUUUGUGUUGAUGAACCUGAGAGAUCAACCAGUGCUAUGUCUGCUAAAUCAAAAGCAUCUGAUGUUCCUAUUGAAGACAAUGCAGAAGAUAUCGUAGAGGAAAUUGAAGUAAGAGCACCUAGCACCACGUCUGCCAACUCACCUAAGUCUAAUGGGUCUGAAAGAUUAAAGAAAACCAAAGCUUCUCGGCUUUGCAUUGAAGAAACUGAGAGAUCGUCCAGUGCUAUGUCUUCUAAAUAUAAUUGUUCUGCAAGAAACAAAAAAUACAAUGUUUCUGAUGAAAAGGAGAAUGGAACUGAAAAGAGAGCAGUUAGUUCUAUGUCUGCUAAAUCAAAUGCUUCAGUUAAAUCAAGGAAAUCUGAAGCUGCUGAGGAAGAAAUUGAAGUGGGAACUGAGGAAAACUAUGAAGCGGAAAUAGAAGAAUCUGAAUGUCUAGCUAAAAUGUCCACAGAUGCUGAAGAACAUCAACCUGCCAUUCUGACUGAAGAAAUAGCAAAAGCUGAGAAUGAAAAAAUGGAUGCUCCCGAUGAAGAACCUGCAGAAGUUGAGGAAAAAAGAAAUUAUGCUCCAGAUCUAGAAACAACUGAAGAUCCAGCUACAGAAGCCACGAAACAACAAACUGACAUUAUGGUAGAAGAAACCCCAAAAGUUGAUUUAGAAGAAUCUGAAGUUUCUGCUGAUGAAACCAUUGAAGCUACAGUUGACAAUACUGAAGUUAAUGCUGGAGAAAAUGCAGAAGAAGUACAAACAGAAGUUAAAUUUGACACCGAAGACAGAGCAUUGAGUGCUAUGUCUGAUAAGUCCAAUGUUUCUGCAAGAUCAAGUAAAUCAAAUAUUUCUGUAAGAUCAAACAAAUCUAAAGCUUCUCCAAUUCCUCCUGAGGGAAAUGGAAACAAGGAGAUGGAAGGUGCCGGAGGGAGACCACCAAGUACUCUGUCUACUAAGUCAGCUAAGUCUAAUAUUUCUACAAAAUCAAAGAGGUCCAAGGUUUCUCCACUUUGUCCUGAAGAACAAAUUGAAGAGAGAGCACCCAGUGCAUUGUCUGGUAGGUCUGCUGUUUCGGCAAGAUGCAAAAUACAUAAGAAAUCAGCUCCAGCUAAAAUAAAUUCAGAAAAAGAAGCAGGAGAAACUGAAGAGAGGUCAACUAGCGCCAUGUCUGCCAAGUCUGUGAUGGUGGCUGAUAAAACCACUGAGCCUGAGGAAGAAAAAGAAGAUCGAGCUCCAAGUGCUAUGUCAGCUAUGUCCAAUAUCUCUGUCAGAUCAACAAAAUCCAAGAUAUCUGUAGCUUCUGCUGAAGAAACUACUAAAGAUGUUCUGGAUGAAAAAAGUACAGUAGAGACCAAUGAAAACAAAAACAGUGAGGAGAGAACAAUCAGUGCGAAGUCCAAUGUUUCUGGACAGUCAGCAAAGUCUAAAGCUGCUGACAUUUCUCCUGUGGAAAAUGAAGACAAGGACUUGGAAGAAGUUGAAGACAGAGCAUCUAGUGCCAUGUCAACUAUCUCAGUUAAGUCACAUUUUUCGACAAGAUCAAAGAAGUCAAACAUUUCUGAAUUUUGUGUUGAAGAACCUCAGAGAACUUCAAGCUCUAUGUCUGCUAAGUCCAAUGUUUCUGCAAGAUCUAUAAAAUUGAAAUCUUCUGGUGUUUCAGCUGAGGAAAAUGCAGAGGAGGAUGUAGAGGAAACUGAGGCAAGAGCAUUUAGUACUGUGUCUGAGAAGUCUGAAGUUCCUGCUGAAGAAACUGCUCAACCUGAAGGGGAAAUAGCUUCAGCCGAUGAUAACACUCUAGAUGAUGAGAGAACCCCAAGUGCUAUGUCUGCUAUGUCCAAUGCUUCUGUGAGAUCCAGGAAAUGCAAUGCAUCUGAAGUUCCUGCUGAGGAAAAUGAAGGAGACAAAGGAGGGGAAAUGGAGGUGAGAACCCCCAGUUCUAUCUUAACUAAGUCCAACAUUUCUGAAAGAUCAAAAAAAUCUAAAGAUUUAGAUGUCCCUGCUGAGGAAAAGGAAGUAGAAGAAAGUGCUCAAACAGAGGAUGAAACAGAGGAAAGGGCUAUAAGCGCUAUGUCUGGUACAUCAGCUAUGUCCAGUGUUUCAAGAAGAUCCACAAAUUCCCAAAGUUCUAAUACUCAUGCAGAGGAAACUGUUAAAGAAGUACUGGCUGAAGAAAAUAUAGAAGAGACCAAUGAAAAAAAAGACAAUGAGGAGAGGCCAAUCAGUGUUAUCUCUGCUAGGUCCAAAGUUUCUGUAAGAUCAGUGAAGUCUAAAGCUGCUGACAUUUCUCCUGUGGAAAAUAAAGACUUAAUAAAGGACUUGGAAGUUGAAGAGAGAGUACCUAGUGCCAUGUCAACUAUAUCAGUUAAGUCAAAUUUUUCGACAAGAUCAAAGAAGUCAAACAUUUCUGAACUUUGUGUUGAAGAACCUCAGAGAGCCCCAAGUGCUAUGUCUGCAAAGUCAGCCAAGUCCAAUGCUUCAGUGAGAUCAACAAACUCUAAGGUUUCUGGUGUUUCAGAUGAGGACAAUGCAGAGGGGGAAGUAGAGGAAACAUAUAUUACUGUGUCAGAUAAGUCGGAGGUUCCAGAUGAAGAAACUGAUGAAACUGAAGGGGAAAGGUCUCCUGAUGAUAACACUCCAGCUGAAAAGAGAACUCCCAGUGCUAUGUCGGCUAUGUCCAAUGAUUCUGUUAGAUCCAAGACAUCCAAAACAUCUGAAAUUCCUGAUGAGGACGGUGAAGGAGACAAAUCAGAGGAAAUGGAGGAGAGGACCCCCAGCGCUAUGUCAGCUAAGUCCAACAUUUCUACAAGAUCAAAAAAAUCUAAAGCUUCAGAUGUCGUUGUUGAAGACAAGGAGGUAGAGGAAACUGCUCAAACAGAGGAUAGAAUGGAGGAAAGGGCUAAAAGCGCUAUGUCUGGUACAUCUACUAAGUCCAAUGUUUCAGCAAGAUCCAGAAAGUCUAACAUUUCUGCAAAAUCAGUAAAGUCUAAUGCUUUGAAAGUUCAUUCUGUGGAUAAUGGAGAUGAGGAAUUUGGAGAAAUUUCUGAGAGAGCACCAAGCGCUUUGUGUGCCAAAUCAAAUAUCUCUCCAAGAUCAAAGAAGUCCAAGUUUUCAGAACUUUGCAUUGAAGAACCUGAGAGAUCAUCCAGCGCUAUGUCUGCUAAGUACAAUAUUUCAGCAAAAAACAAGAAAUAUGACAUGUCAGUUGAUCCCACAACAGAUGAAAAUCAAACUGAGGAAAGAGCAACUGGUGUUAUGUCAGCCACGUCUAAUGCAAAAUGUAGAAAAUCUAAAGCUCCUGAAGUUUCUUCUGAAGAAAGCAGUGAAAAUAUUGCAGUGGAAAGAGAGGGAAGAGCACUGAGCCCUAUAUCAAUGAGGUCAGCUAAGUCUAAUAUAUCUGCAGGGUCCAGACAGUCAAAUGUAUGUGAAGUAACUGCUGAAGAAGAAAAUCAUACAGAACAGAGAUCAACCAGUGCUCUGUCAGCUAAGUCCUUUGUUCCUGCUGAACUUGAGGAUGAAUCAGAAGAACGAGCUCUCAGUGCUAUGUCAGUAAAGUCUAAUGUCUCUGCAAAAUCAAAGAAAUCUAAAGCUUCUAAAGCUCCUUCUGAGGAAACAGCUGAAGAAGUUGAGGCAGAAGAAAAUUCUGAUUAUACGGUUGGAGAAACUGAAGUUCCAGCUGAGGAAAAUGCAAAAGAGGAAGAAGAAAAUGAAGAGAGGACAAACAGCACCAUAUCAGUUAAAUCAAAUACUUCAACAAGGUCUAGGAAAUCCAAUGUCUCAGAAGUAGCAAUUGAAAAAACUGCUGGACCUGUAGACCAAGGCAAGAGUUCUCCUGCUGAAGAGAAGAUGAAAGAGAGAGCACCCAGUGUGAUGUCAGAAGAAAAUGGUGAAGAGGAAAAUGAGGAAACUGUGAAAGCACCUAGUUCUAUAUCACCUAAGUCAAAUAUCUCUGCAGGAUCCAAGAAGUCAACUAAGUCAAAGUACUCAGCUAAAGAAGCGUCCGAACAAGAACACUUGUCAGGGGAAGCUCCUCCUGAAGAGAAGGCAGCAGAAGAAAAUGAGCAAACUGAAGAAAGAGCACUGAGCUCUAUGUCUGCCAAAUCAAAUAUAUCUGCAAGAUCAAAAAAAUCUAAAGUUUCAGUUAUUGAUCCUGACCAUGAAGCAGAGGAAAAGGCAACCAGCAAUGUAUCUGCAAGAUCCAAGAAGUCCAACAUUACUGAAGUUCCUGCUGCAAAGCAAGUAGCAGAACAUCUUGAGAAAGCACCAAGCCCUGUAUCCACUAAGUCUGCAAGAUCAGGUAGGACCGAUGCAUCAGACAAAUCCAAAUGCAUGUACUGUAAAUCCAAACCAAAAGAUAGCAUAACAGCUGAAGUCACUGAACGACCGAGAAGCAAUAUGUCCAAUGUAUCUUCCCACCUGCAGGUGAAAGGACAGAAGGACAAAAACAAUUUGGAUGAUGCAAUAAGCGAUAAAGAAAGUGAUAUUUCGUUGAAGACCAACAGAUCAAAGAAGACUCCCAUUAAAAUAGACACUCCUAGGCCUAACUCUACUGCAUCAGAGAGUCGACUCACUCCUCCACCAGAUGGCCCACCAACUCCAAGACAAAUCAAAAAACCUGUAAUUUUACUUGGUGGCUCAAGUGACAGUAAUAAGUCACAUGCAGCAAAUCAAUUGAAGGAGAAGGCUAACAUCUCAGGCAAUGAAAACAGCCCUUUGCAAGCCACAGACAGGAACGUCAAUGACAACAAAAGUGAUAAAAGUGGAAAGUGUAAACACAGGAAAGUCACAUCAUCACGCAGCUCUUCCCGACAGCUUCUGGAAGGAGAUGUCACUGAGCUGGUUCCCUCCAAUCUACCCAACUCCUCUCCCACAGAGGUUGUGAAUGAGUGGCUUAAGAAAAUACCGUCGGACAGUGCAAUGUACACCAUUGGAGAUGAAUUUAGUGACAGAGGACAUUCACCAGAAGAAAUGUCACAAAUGGAAAAACGGACCAAGAACAUUGAUAGCAGUCCUGAGUGUGAGACUCAGACCAGAAAGGAAGAGACUGAAAACACAGUGUCAAACCACACUACUGAGACGCCACCAGAGACACCACCACAGAAGCCACCAGAGGAAACUAACCCCUGCACCAUUCCACACGAUGACGCAUCAAAGAGCUUUCACUCCUCGGUGCAGGUGAUGAAAGUUCUGUUGAGUCCUAAGCUUGACAGAUGUAACAGCUUACCUGAGGUUUCCCCAGUGUAUGGGCGUAAACUGAGCACGUCGGCCAGAGGUCUCCUGGAUUGCCUCGCAAAGUUGCAGUUGAUAGAUUUUGAUCCUAAUGAAGCAGACAACAAGGAAGCGAGGUACAGGGAGCUAAUGAACAUUCUGCAGUCACUCUGGUUGUGUGACCCUGCAAAGAAUCAAAAGCAAGAGCAAACCCGCUGCGAUCAACACUCUGUGGAUGGUGACACCAAAGCAAGGUCUUCCUCUGGGGUGGAUGUCAGCAGUGGCUCAACAGGCUCAGGCAAGAGUUCAGGGGGUGUGGCUCAGGCACCGAAUGUAGAGGGAGGAGCAUUGGUAAAGGUUAAAGAAUUUGACGAAACCACAGAGCAGCAAGAAUGCCCAGUCCCGAUGUCUGAUCCAGCCACUCUUAGUGUUGCAGGUCAGUUCCAAUGGACCACAGAAGAAGGGGGACAAGGAAGAGGAGGAAUAGCAGUGGAGGAAGAGAAACAAAAAGACGAAGAUGUCCCAGCUUCAGAUGAUACUAUUCGAAAUGAAAGUCCAAGAGAGAUUCCAGAGACACCCCCAUCUUCCAACAAGAGCUCAGACCCUCGAGAGGACACAAGCUCUGGCUCUCCUCCUUCUGUCCAAAGACCACAACUAACGAAAAAGGUAUCCCUUGAUCCUGAUCCUAUUUGGGUCUUACAUUUACUGAACAAACUAGAGAAGCAGUUUAUGACACAUUACGUUGAUGCCAUGGCUGAGUUCAAGGUACGCUGGAACUUGGACAACAAUGAACAGCUCGAUGCCAUGAUAGCUGAACUAAAAGAUGAUGUGCAAAAUAGGAUAAAAUUAAGCAUUGACAGGGAACUGCGGAAGAUCCAUGGUCGGGCUGGAAGACCUCGACCGCCCAAAGAAGCCUUGUCACGAGAAUCGACCGCACAAACAGAAACAAAGCGGAGGAGAUUAAGGGUAAUGCGCAAUCAAUCUAUUGAUAACCAAGAUGAUAAAAGCAAUGAUGCUACAGGCACUUCUUUCAGUGAUCAACGGAGUGAUGAUGAGUAUUGCCCUUGUGAAACAUGUGUAAAAAAGAAAUUGGAAUUGGGCCCACUGCUUCCUGCAGAAGUCUUGCAUACUGCUCCAGUUAUGGUGGCUUUUGAUUUGAAGUCAAUUCUUCAGUUGAAAAGGGACCCUUCCCCAAAGACAGGUGGCACUGAAACUAUUCAUGAAGCCAGAGUAGUAAAAACUGGUGUUUUACAUGGUUGUGAUCUGAAGUCAGUUCAUCAGCUAGAAAAGGAGAUUCCUCCAAACAUACAAAAAACCGAUGAUAUAAAUGACACCAAAGGUCUUGAUGAAGCCAAAGCAGCAAAGAAUCUAGUGGAAAAUGUUAUCAAUGGGGCUAAGAAGGUGGUUAAGGGAUCUUCAAAAUUGAAAGAACUCGAUGAUGAAAUGGGUAAUGGAGCUGACAUUGCAGAAGUUAAGAAAGAAGUACAAGAGACAGCUAAAGAUGAAGCAGAAGGAGAGGAGGAAGCUGAAUCAGAAAUAGCAGAAGCUGAGACAGUGGAACAAACUGCUGAAGCAGAGGAAGCAUUAGUUCACAAGGCAGCUUUUAAUAAAGUAGUUGAAGAGGAGGAAGCUAAAACAAAUAAAGCUGAAGCAGAAAAAGCUAAGGAAACUGCAGAAAUAGGGGAUUCAGCUGAUGAUAACACAGCAGCAGAGGAAGAUUCUGAAGAAGAAACUGUAGACCCUACUGAGGAUGCUGAAACAACAGCUGAAGAUGAAAUUACUGGAAAGGAAACAGCUAAGGUAGUGGCAGAUAAAGAGGGAAAAGAAGAUGAAGCCACAGAAGAAGAAAAAUAUGAAGCAGAUAUUUUGAAUACAGCAAGAUCAACAGCUGGAGAAAAGGUGACAAUUGAAGCUGAGACAACUGACGUUGAAACUGCAGAGACAGCUGAGGAUGAAGCAGGCGAUGAAGAUACUUCUGAAGUAAAGGUAGCAGAAGAGGAGACUUCCGAAGCUGAAAUAGAAGAAGCAGAAACAGCGGAAGCAGAAACAGCAGAGGAUGAAUCGGAAGUAGACAGAUCUUUUGAGGCAGCUGAUUUUGAAAUGUCAGAGGAGCAUGAAGCUAGAGGUGAAACUGCAGGAGAAGAAGAGUCAGCUGAAGCAGAGACAGCUGAAAAAUAUACUACAGGAGAAGAGGAAGCUGAAAUUGACACAUCAGCUGCAGAAGAGACAGCUGAAGACGAAGCAGUAGAGGAAGAAGUUGCUGAUGCUGAGAAACCUAAAGCUGACAAAGUAGUAGGGGUCAAGGAGUUUGAUGAUGCAGAAGUUGCCAGAGAAGACCAUACUGCUGGUGACAAGAAAGAGGAGACUGCAGAAGAUAAUGCAGAUAUAGAGGCAGAGGAGACCAAUGGCAAGGAAAGCACUGAAGCAGAAUCUCCAGAAGAAGAGGAGAGUGUUGAAGCUGAAACUGAAGGUAAUGAAACAGCAGAAUUAGAAAGUUCCAAAGCAGAUUCUGCUGAAGAUGAAACUGCCAGAGAAGAUGAUACUAUUGGAGUGGUAAGUGUUGAGGCUGAUACAGAAGGUGAAGAGGAGACUGCUGAAGCUGAGGCAGUUGAAGAGGAAUCAGGAGAGGAGGAAGCUGAGGCAGAGACUACUGCAGAAGAAGCAGAGACAAUAGCAGAGGAUGAUGCAGAAGCUGAAAUGACUGAUGAGGAGACCUCUGGAGUAGAGGCAGUUGAAGAGGAAGUGGAGAAUGCUGAAGCUGAGGCAGUAGAGUCAGAUACUGUUGUUGUGACACCAGGGGAAGAGGAUGGUGAAUCUGAAACAGGAGUAGAGGCAGCUGAGGCUGAGGCAGCUGAGGCUGAAUCAGGAGAGGAGGAAGCUGAGGCAGAGACUACUGCAGAAGAAGCAGAGACAAUAGCAGAGGAUGAUGCAGAAGCUGAAAUGGCUGAUGAGGAGACCUCUGGAGUAGAGGCAGUUGAAGAGGAAGUGGAGAAAGCUGAAGCUGAGGCAAUAGAGUCAGACACUGUUGUUGUGACACCAGGGGAAGAGGAUGGUGAAUCUGAAACAACUGGAGACAAUAUUGCAGGAGCAGAGGAGGCUGCAGAAACAGCUGAUUCAGAAGAUUUUGAAGAAGCAGAAGGAACAACUGAAACAUUUGAGAAUGGCAAAGGCAUAGAACAAUGUGAAGAGAUUGCUGAAGAAGAGGAAGCAGAUCAAGACAAAGCUGGAGAGAAGAAUGCUAAAGCAGAGACGGCAGAAGAUGAAAGUCCAGGAGAAGAAGAGUCAGCUGAAAAUGAAAGCGGCAGAGAGGAGGGGAAUGCUAAAGCAGAGACGGCAGAAGAUGAAAGUCCAGGAGAAGAAGAGUCAGCUGAAAAUGAAAGCGGCAGAGAGGAGGAGAAUGCUAAAGCAGAGACGGCAGAAGAUGAAAGUCCAGGAGAAGAAGAGUCAGCUGAAAAUGAAAGCGGCAGAGAGGAGGAGAAUGCUAAAGCAGAGACGGCAGAAGAUGAAACUCCAGGAGAAGACGAGUCAGCUGAAAAUGAAAGCGGCAGAGAGGAGGAGAAUGCUAAAGCAGAGACAGCAGAAGAUGAAAGUCCAGGAGAAGAAGAAUCAGCUGAAAAUGAAAGUGGCAGAGAGGAGGAAAAUGUUAAAGCAGAGACGGCAGAAGAUGAGUCUGCCAAAAAUGAAACAACUGCCAAUGAAUCAGCUGAUGUUGAAACAACCAGUGAUGAGUCUGCACCAGCUGAUGAUAAAAUGGCAAGAGAAGAUGAGGAGAGUGUAGAUGAAACAGCUGAAAGAGAAGAACAGACAGCUGGAGAUGAAACGGGAGAUGAGGAAACUGAAAAUGCAGAAAAAGUGUUAGCAGUAGCUGAAACAUUAGCCAAACAAGGGACUGCCAAAGCAGAGGACAAAGAAUUACAAACAAAGGGAGCUAAGGAGCCUCAAAUAGAUGAGGAAAAAGAGACAGCAGAUGAGUCAAACGUGGAUGGGGAAACAACAGAUCAAGACAUUGCAGAUGCGGGAGUCACAGAAGAAACAGAGACAAGUAAAAUAAACGAAGGGGCCAUUGCAAAUGGAAGCCAUGACCAAGCUGAUGAUGUCAUUGAGGGGUUUGAAAAAGAAGAAGCGGAAACCACGGAAGGCAUUGACACAGCCAAUGAAGAGGAUCCCUGCGAGGACUUUGGGUACUCGGCUGAUGGAGGGGAUGAAGCUGAGGAUGAGUCUGAGCUGGAAGUGUCAGCAGAUGAGGGAGAACAAUCAAAGGUGCCUGCUAUCAGGAAAGACAAUGUUGAAGAAACUGUUGAAGAAACUCCAGUGACCUCAUUCGAUGCCUUGGCUAGAGCUGAGUACUCAGAAGAUGGAGCCUAUGCUGAUGUUGAAGAUUCAGAUACAGAAGUCAACAAUGAUGAGGACAGUGAGAAUCCUGUUGAGGAGACACCUGUUAACGAGUUCAAGGGAGAAGUUGAAAAAACAAAGGAGGAAGGUGGGGGGGAGAUUGAGGAUGAGCAGGAAGUUGAAGAGACUCCAGUUGAGGAGCUAAAGGAAGAAGAUGUGGAGCAGAAGAAGGAAGUUGAUGAGGAGCAGGAAGGCGAACAAGCAGUAAACAAAGCCACUGACGAGGAGGAGCAGCAAAAUGGGGAGAAAGAAGAGAAAGGGAUGGAGCAGGAGGAGACUGAAGCUAUGGAGGAGCAGGUGGAGACUGAAGCUAUGGAGGAGCUGGAGGAGACUGAAGCUAUGGAGGAGCAGGAGGAAUUUGAGGAAGAGAAGGAGCAAGUGGAGGAAGUUGAAAAUAAGUCCACUCCUGAGGAAGCCCCAGAUGAUAAGACUAAUGCAGACAUCACAGGCAAAGAUCAAGCUAAACACAACCGAGAUGGCCAUGAACUUUCUGGGUCAUGUGAAGCGAGCCUACAUAGCCAGCCUACCAAGUCUUCCAUAGAAUCCCAACCAGGUUCACUGGACGAAGUUCUGGAUGAAGCAUCAGACAGAGAGUCCAAAAGUGAAAAGAACCCACAGAUAGAAUUGAGACACCACCUGACUUUGAGGAGCAACCAGAUGUACCCUACAGACACAGAGGAUGAGAGCAGAGUGUCAGAGGUCACAGAGGCAGCCAAGAAGGUCCUUGAGCAACACAUAAUUUCCACAAAUAAGAUGAAGUCUCCUGCAAGAUCUGCCAAGUCCAGCAAGGCCAAAAAAAGUAACAUUGAUCUGGAUUUCUGAGAACUGACACUUCAAAGAUCAAGUACUUAAACUGCCACUUAUCAAAGAUCAAACUGCCACUUGUCAAAGAUCAAGUAAUAAAUAGUGAUCCAUCCCUUAACUUAAUAUCGAUCAAUCACUUUAUUAAAUUAUGAUAAAAGCACUUUAUUUCAGUAUUUCUACUGUGAUUGCACAUCCCAGGGCACAGGAAAGGUAUGUACAAAUUGAAACUUGAACUAUGCAAUGUAAUGAAUUACUUGACUAAAUGUUAUAGUCACAUAACGAAAACUAUAUAUAUAUUUACCUUUACCUUUAAUAUAUAUAUAUAUUUACCUUUCUGGAAUAAUAUUCAUUUUUAUUGUUAAUUUUUACAACCUAUGUUUGUGGUAGUGCAAUAAUGAUCUCCAACUAUAAUGCAUAUAGUUAAUAAUUAUUUAAAUAAACAUUUGUAUAUUCUACUCAGCUAUAAGCCUUAGCCCUGAGGAGCUACAAUGAACUGCAAUUGGAGCAGUAGUUACAUAUAAUGUACAAUACUGUAUAAAACAUGAAUGUAAACUUGAAUGUAAAGAAUAUCCCAAGCACAAUUAAUGCAUAUUUUGUCAGUAUUUUAGGAUGAUAUAUGUACAUUGUUAGUGGACAGUGUUGACUUUAAACAACUGUCAGGAAGGUGGAAGCUAUAUAUUCCAAGUGUAUGUGAGUAUGUAUGAAAGAGGACUUAGAAUGUGUGUGUGUUUUUGACUAUAAGCAAUUGAGCUAAAUCAAUUACUUUUAUUUCAAUCAGAUCGCUUCGGCUUUGAAUAAUCAUCAUGUUUUUGAAAUAAUAUUUAUUUUUUCUAGAAUAAUACUUUUUUGACUGUCAAUUUAUUAAUAGCUUAGUAUAUCAGUAUAUCAACUACAGCACUAACACACUUGUCAGGAAAACAUUUUAUUUAAUUCCCUUUAUUUAUUCCAUGUCACAAAAACUACAUUCCAGUUUAUCUAACUAUUCAUCUAGCCUAAUGAGAUCCACUUAAAAUGAUUCCUUCCGAUCCUUGUUAUAAUGGUCUGUUAACUGUGAGUAAACAUAUAAUAAAUUAUUUCAGAUAUUCAAACGAUGAUGGGGAAUCACAAUUUACAGAAUGUAUGGAUGUCAUUGAUAAAAUAAAAGAUAAUUAAGAAAAAUAAUUGUUCCUUUUUUUUUCUUUGUGCAUUCAUUUCUUUUUAAAUGUUUCCCCUACUGACGGUAUUUGAAGAAAGCUGGCAGCAACCCACCGGACAAAUAAAUACAUUAACACACUACAAAACAUUCAAUCUAUCACUGCC